AUGUCUGCUGUUUGGUCUGAACUCUCUCACUACGCAGAUUGCAUGCGCCCCGACCCAGACUCGGCAAGGCUUGUCCGAAUGCAGCGGGUCAUCACUGGCUACAUUCCAGUCGCCCAACUCUACGAUGAUGGAAUCGAGUUCCUUCACCCUGAUGUUAUCUCGGAUGGAAGCUACGCUGGCCCGUCACGUCGCAAGAUUGCAGUUGUCCCCUCGCAGCUCGCCGAGCGUUUAGCCAACGUCGCACACAACGCCCCCAAUGGCCAAGCCGACGUCGCUGUUCGCCGCUACAUGGACCAGUUUGUCGAUUACAGCACCUUGAUCGACAUUACGCUCGAGGAGGAGAACGAGCUCAGACAGUCCUUGGGAGCCCCUGCCACCUAUCCCACAAACCACCUGCUGCUUGAGAACUUCUCGAAGAUGCCUAGGGUCUACAAGCUCUGGGCUCCCAUGGCCACAACUGUCAGCCUACACUCUGGCCAAGCAACAGUCGAAUUCAGGGACAACUUCAGCAGCCUCUUGAUCAGCGUUGGAGUCAAGGACAUGGAGACGUUCAAGGUCGAGCCAGCUCCGACUCCGACUGAAACGGAGCCCGAAGCCAAGCCCGGGCGACUUCGCCAGUUCCUUGGUUUGUUCUUCGCGUCCAGCGGCUCUUCAUCUUCUUGGAGCAGUGGUUACAGCACAGGCUACGGCAUGUACAGCAGUGAUUAUUGA